CUUAAAGCAAGUAUGGUAAUAACGAAAAUAAUUUUUUUAACCCAGGAAAGGGCUGGCCCAUUGGGCACCAGUCAACGAAGACCAUCUCGAUCUCCUCGUAGCCAAAGAAGUCGUAGUGCAGAUGUAGAUUGCUUGAAGAAAUACACGGAGAGACGUGUCGAGGAAAGAAGGCACACAGAGAUACCUGACACGAGCAAACUCGAUCCCUCCAGAUGGAUUCCACUGCCGAAAAAUAUUACACGUAUCCAACCGGCAUUAAAGAAAUCACCACAGCCAUCGAGAGACGAAGAGAAACGACGUUCGGUAUCGAGCGAACCUGAGGAAAUGGUAACGGAUAUCGGUAGAAAAACGAGCGAGGGCACACUUCCAAAGAAAUUAUCUCCUACGAAGGAGGAAGAAUCGACGAAGGGCUCCGAAGGGCAGAAAAACGAUACGCCAAUCACGUGCAGGCAGACGGCCGGCAGGAGUCAUAGCGCGGACGUCACCCAUAUAAAGAAAGAGAAACUGGUCGAGGAACGAAGGAAUACGGAAUGCAGCGACCCCAGAACGAUCGCGACGAGGUGGCUACCGCAAAUUAACACCUCAAGGUUCCGCUACGAUGCAUCUCCGUUCGCAAGGAUCAGCAACAGCUGCGAAAUCACGAAAAACGCCGCGACCAGAUGGAUGACGUUCGUCAAGAAUCCGUCUCCAUGCCCGAUACCGCGAAUGAACCCGGAAAGAAAGCCUUCCGCGGCGGAAGCGUGUCACGACGCGACCGACAACUCCCAGAUUAAAAAAUGUAAAACAGAAUCGCCCAAGUGGGAACCAUUGCGAAAAUUCGCGCCAAUGGCGUCCAAGUCUGGCACGGAAAGUAACCAAAAACAAGAUAAGACGGAGUCGAAUCGAGAGUUGUCAUCAUCGACAAAGCAUUCCCCGGAUUCCAACGAGCAAUCUAAAAGGCUAACUCAACGCAUGAGGGAUCUGUACGAUUUCAAAACGGAGAAUGAAUGGCCGAAGAGGGCGAUAAAUGCUCGACGUGGAAACACGUGGAUCAGUAAAAGUAGCAGCGAAGAGGAAAGGGCGAGUCUAUCGAUUCGUAGAAAUAGCCAAGAUUUAGAAUUCAACGAUAGGAUGAACGUGAUCAAGCUGAAAGACACGAGGGUUCAAUCGGAUCAUCAAACGUCUAAACUAAAGAAAGAGGAGCAUCGAGACGGUAUAGAUGUUUUCAACAGCGAAUACGAGGAACGUUUAAGAAAAUUCAACGACAAGCUUCGAUUCAGCGAGGAUCUUGGUACGGCCAAGCCAAAGAUCAAAGAGAGACGAACGUAUUCCGACGACUACGACGAGAUAUCUCGUCGAGCUUCCACGCGAUCGACUCGUACAGAGGGUUCGAUAAAAUCGACGCGCACCGAGGAUUCCGCUCGAUUGACGCGUGCAGUAAGUUCAGUUCGGUCGACACGAUCGACACGGGCGGAAGACACGCGAGAAAGUGGAUUCCAGGGUGAGAAGAAGAGGCCUUCGGACGCUAGUGGCAAAUCUAGGGGGAGCUAUGCCGAGGUGGCUCCUCUAACUCCCGCGAAAAGAGACUCUCGUGCGAGUGAUGCGAGUUACGCUAGCAUCGCCAAUUACUCCGGCAAACGAGCGAGCGUGGACUGUAAAAGCAACAGAAAAAUGGUGGAACUUCCGCCGCGAAGGGCUUUCAGUCAAACGGAGGAGAGGCCAUCGACUCCUGUCCCACCAAUAGAAUGGAACGACGAUCGUUACGCGGCUGGUCGUCUCAAGCAGAUAUCCGAACGGCAGAAGAGGGACAGUACGAGAUAUAAAGUGUACCUGACGUAA